UACUUGCGUUUAUGCGUGCGACUAAUAGACCUAGUACAUGAUGAAUGCUGGAGAUAGAACACAACACGAGGAAUGUGCGGACAGACGCCUAUAAUAGCUCCACCGGUUGGCAACAGCCACUGACUUCUGACUCAGUAUAUGUGAAGGAAUAUGUCCCGUCUUUUCUGACAACAACAGCUAAUUUCAACCUAAUAUAUGAGGAGAGAUAGAUUUCGGCACAGUUUCAUUCAAUGAUGUGAUGUGGAGAACACAGAGAAGAAAAAAGUAAAAAAAAAAAUUAAAAAGGAAGUUCAUCAUGUCAACCAAAGUUUCAAAGAGGCUGAGCAGCAAAAGGAAAAAGCCUCCAAAGAAUAAAUCCGAUGUUCUAAUCCAACUUGGUCUAGAGGAUUUCUAUCCUUCCCAACUGGAACUAGCAUCGAUAUUGGACCUCAGUACCUGGAUCCUGGACAACCUAACACCGCGAGAAAGCAAUGAUCUGCCCAAAUCUUUCUUUCAAAGGCUGUGGCUGCUUCGCCCAGAUGCUCGGAGUACUUGCUGCAAGCCCAUCUCAGGCAUAAUGGGCAGUCCUGGUGAGAGGGUUGAUUUCAAAGGAUUACGCUCCUGUUCCAUCAAUCCUCUUGAUCUAGUGACAGCUGUCUUUAUAUGUGCCAACACUUUCCUUCAGCAAGAAAUCACAGCACAUAUGCUGCAAUGCCAGUUUGCCGUACCCCUGAUUCUUCCGCAUGUCGAUGACAGAGAAUCAAACAGCUUCCUCCUUUGGCCCUUGAGAGGUGUCGUGAGACAAUGGCAACCCCAGUCUGUAGAUAGCCAUCAACAAAUCCAAGAAGCUGUUUUGGCGAGCACCUCCAUGCCAAUGAUCUCGUGUGCGAGGCUUGGCCCCUGCAGUAUCUCAAAGUCUGAGGUGCUAAAUCACGUCUUCAGCAGUGAAACAUUCAUCCACAAAGGAAUGGAAGGAGGACAACUACCACGAAGCCUCUCCGACGGUCUCGUGGAGACUGCAUGGUAUCUUCCGACUGGAGACCCAAACAGAGACAUUUUCCCAGUUCCAGUGGUGUUCUGUAACCUUCGGGGAGAAGCAAGUACGCAUGAGAAAUGCCUAUCCCUUCUCAGCCAAGCAUCUUCGGUGGUUAUUUUGUUCUGUAGCAAUCCAAAGAAGAAAGAGAAGCUGCUUCUCGCCUCUUGCAAAGAUAUGACUGCCAAGCUCAUUUUGAUUGACCUCUCAGAGGCCGAGACUAUGGAGGACAAAGCGGUGAAAUUCGUCGAUAUGAACCUGGCGGAGGCGAUAGGUCAUCCAGAUGCAUCAAUCGUGUCAGGAAGAGCUUUGAAUGCAGAGAACCUUGCGAAUGUACUUUGUGAUACUGUGAAACAUUUCCUGCCAGACCUGAAACUUGUGACACUCGAAGGAGCAGCAAAGUUAGCAGUGGAGCUGGGACUUCAUUGCGAUGAAGGGACAGUCUGUAAAAAAUCAAUGCGCAUGGCAGAGGAAGUUCUGAAAGGUUUACAUGAGGGAUCUGCUGUGUUUAGGCAGAAACAGCUGCCACUGCAAGGUAGCAUGUGGAGCAGGUUGACAGAAAUUGAGAAAGAGGAAAGUCGAAAGAAGAAAGAGGGGAAUGAGUUUGACCCUCGGUUACAAAAUGAGAGAAAAGACAUCUUGGGCAGUUUGAGCAGAUACAAAAAGACGCCAUCUAUGAAGAAUUUCACAAAUGCUGUUUCAACCACGGGCAAAGCGGAGAGGAUGUAUUUCCUCAGUUGGAUGAGGGUGAAACUGAGACUGCUGCAAAUGCAAAAACAAAUCGACCUUAAAGAUCUACUGAUGAAUCAGCACACAAAAGACAACAACGGCAUUUCUGAACAAUCAGAGCUUCAGAAUGCAGCCAAUGAUGCCAGGGAUGAUAGCGAUAGUUUUUGCACAGAUUCAACAUUUGAGGAUGGCACAAUACAGCAGCUUGCAGAUAACGAGCAGGAGGUUGCAGAUUCAGAGAAUGAUGUAAAUUUAAAGACUAUUUUUGAAACGCAUAGAAAUGAAACAUCACAGUCUCUGCUAAAUGGACAUUUUCACUCUAGUGAAAAAGCGAUCCCAGGUGAAGAGAUUUUUGAAAAUAAUGGUUCUUUUAACCAAACUGUGAAAGAAAAUGGAAAGCUACAUGUUUACGGUAAAGAAUUUGAUGAAUCAGUGUUUCACAAGACUUUUGCAAAAGAACAAACAUCCCACAAUGUGUUUACCAAAGGUCAGUCAGCAGCAUCUGUGCAUUCAUGUCUGCUUCGGCUUAGUCUGAGACAACACACAGAUAAUCAUCCGGAGGUCACCAAUUCAGAGAGUUUGAAGCACAGUUUUCAAACCGGAAUUCAAGAAGGAACAGAAUCUCUGGAAAUGGAAAAUACUUUCCCACCAGAUAAAGAAGAGAUCCUCGGUGAGGAUUUACUUGAAAGUAAUGUUUCUUUAAACUCAGUGUUCUUGCAAAAUGGAACCUCAGACGUUCAAGGGACUGGCUUCAGUGCAUCAACAUUUAAGGAGUCUUCUUCGAGGAAAGAACAAAGGUGCCAGGAUGCAUCUGAUGGAGGUCGUACAUCUACAUCUGCACGGUCAUUUUUGCUGCGAUUCAAGCAGCGUACUGUCCAUGAUCUGGAGGUCGCUGACCGGGACAGUGACCAAGGUUUUCAACCCCCAAACAAGGUAAGAUCAGAAAUUCUACAAAAUGGAUAUUUCGACUCCAAAAAUCAAGAGGUGUUCCCAAGUGAAGAAAUUCUUAAAAAUAAUCUCAGGGCUGCCAAUUCAGAGGGCAAGGUAGGCCCAGUGUUGAGCAAAAAGGCACCCUUCGAGGUUGAUGGGAAUGACUUCACUGAUUCAGUCUUUUGGGCGACUUCUGGAGAACAACCAUCUCAAAAUCCCUCAGUUAAAGAUCAGGCUGUAACAUCUGCACAGCCAUUUUUGAGAGAGCUCGAGCAGUUUACAGAUAGUGAUCUUGAGUUUACCGAUUCGGAGAGUGAAGUAGGUUUGAAGUACAUUCCUCAGCGCAUAGACAAUGAGGACUCAGAGUCUCUGCAAAAUGGGCAUUUUGACUACUCAAAUGAAGAAGAGACGUCCAUUGAAACAAUACAUGAAGAGAAAAGUUGUUUGGGCCCAGUUUUCGGAGACAAUGGAACGGAUAAGAUUCAUAUAAAUGACUUCUGUGCAGCGACCGGUCAGGAGACAUCUUCUGCAGAAGAACAGGCACAAGCCGCCUCUAUCGGAGCUCCGGCAGCAAAAUGGACACAACCGUUUUUGUUAGGACUUGAGCACUUUCUGCGUGAGAUAGGCCUCAUUUUUGAACUCACCCACAUCACCGCUGGUAGUGGGAGUCAUAAUGUGCUCCAACUCCCAAGUGUUGCUGCUGACUUGAUUCUCAGUGGCAUUCCGCUUGAACUCAUGGAUGGAGAUGCUUCUAAUAUUCCCAUGCGCUGGCUUGGCAGUGUUCUUGCAGAAAUCAAACAUCGUUUUCCUGGAGACCGCUUGAAGGUUCUGACUUGUGUUGGAAUGCAUCAUGCAACGAAUGCCGAGAUCCUUUCGGCAUUAUUUGGGGUGAAAUUUCCAGACGGAUGUCAAAGGUCAACAAGAGGGGUCUACAUGAUUGCCCUACAACUACCGCAGAAGUUGAAGAAGAAGCUAAACUGCGAUUUUCUCCUACUGAUUGAUGUAGAGGGUCUUUGCUCUCCUCCACCAGACCGUCAAAUAAGCACUCAGGUCAGUGAUAAUGAAAUGGCAACUGUUGCAGCCGGAAUGAGUGAUGUUUUAAUGCAAAACCUCUACUCACGUACAGCUUCUGAGCUUGAGACAAGCCUCACAGUUGCAGUCAAUGCUCUUUUGCGCAUCAGAGAAUGUGGCUCCAUGCCCAUUUGCAAAGUUUUCGUCCAGGAUGAAGGUAUCAAUGCUAUAUUAGAAGCCACACAGUUAAAACGCGUAUCAGACAUUCUGCAGACUGAGACUAAGAGUGGAGAAAGAACCCAUAAAGAUGCUGAGACAAUGAUUCUUGAGUCAAAUAAAAAGAACUCCAUUCUCUAUGUUAGACCAUGGUACACUAAACCCCUCUCAAAAUCAGUUGACACUCGGCAUAGUGAGGCUAUGCUGAAGUUAAAGUGCACCCUAUUUGGGGCACUGAAAGAGGCAGCCACUCGGUCAAAACCAUGUGGUUGGCUUGAAUUUAUGGGCCGUUUGUGUUCUGUUUGGGAGGCCGUAAAAGCAGAAUCCUUUUCUGUUAGUCUGCAAAAUAAAGACAUCGCUUUGAUCUUUUCUAUGUUUUGCACUGAGCUUUCUCAAUGGGAGGACACCUUGCUAGAACACAUGGAAUGCUGGCUAACACAAGCAACCAAGACAAUCUAUUCCACCGAGCCAGAUGCUUUGGACCCAGCCAGCCAAAAUGACUUUCUGUGUGAGCUAAAGUAUGAAGCUAGAAGAGAGGUCAAACGGGAAAUAAACAAACAAAAGUCAUGUGUGAAGGCCAGUUUGAAGAAAAACAAGUUUGAUGUGUCCAUGAAGAUACUCCAAACUAUCCUUCUGAACAACAUGAUGGACCUGGAAGAACGAGUAACUACAAUGACAAUAAAAAGACUGGAAAUAACGAAUGAGAACCAUUUUUCUUCCACUCAGCUCAACAGAAUGGAAACCACACUGAAAAUUGAAGAAAAUGCCAAGCUUCAGGCACUUUUAGACAGCGGAGAAUCUGAAAACCAGCUUGUUAAAGAUGAAGCGUUAGAAGAGGAAUUUGAGGGUGUGUGGAAGGAGGCAUUGUCUAAAUGUGACUUCAGGCCUUCAGAAACCGAUGAUAUUACCACAAGGGUGAUGAACAUUCUCGUGGCGAACCUCAACAGCCGCGAUCUCCAAAAGCACUUGAAUAAGCUUUCGACUUUUGGCCAAAAUCAAACUACGAUCUUUAGAGUGCACGAUGAGUACUUUGGUUACAACAGCAGAAUGAAAAACUUGUUUGAAAGCAACAACAAAUCACCAAAGAGUAAAGCUCAGAAACUUGCAUGUAACGUCAUGGAGCAUUACCAGCAGUUUGUCUUGGAAAAGGUCAGCUUACCAGGAGACUUCUCCGACAGUUAUAUAACAGAACUGUUAGAGAUGAUUGAUAAAUCCUUGAAAGAAGCACAACUGGAAAUCAGAGCAGCCUUUGAGGUGGAUCUGAAAGUCUUCGUAUGUAACGCUGCAUGCAGAGACUUCCAAAGAGUCCACAAUCGCUUCGCCAAGGAUGGAGAUCUUCUGAAGUCCUUUAAAGCCAAAAAGAGCACGCUCAUGGCGGAUUUCAUCUAUCAGUACAGGAAGAGAUACCAGCGUCAGAGGUUGGCUCAUACGUUCAUUUCUGACAUCAUCCAACCAACAGUGAUGGACUAUGUCUACAAACCACUCGGGAUGCAAAUCGCAGACGAGAUCCAAUGUAAGGCCCCACAAUAUCUCUCCCCACAGGCCUUCCACAAGAGUUUGCUAGAAGAUCUCAUCAAGGAAGACAGUUUUGAAAGCUUUGUGGAGUACUUGCUUUCUUACGACAACUUCAGGCUAAGGAAAAUCCAGGAGACGGUACGAGCUUACUUGUCAGAUUGCAAUAUGAAUGCAUGGAGGCAACAGCGCCUCGGAGAGAUCAUCGGAAAGGUGGCAGCAGCUGUGAGCCAAGUAACAGUAGGCACCAGCGCGGUGCUGACUGACACCAAGCCAGUGCUGAAGCAAGUGUGUCUCAUUCUGGAGGACGGAGAUGCAUGUAUCCCCUGGGAGGCUCUGGAUGGACCGCUCUACAGUAUCACCACGGAAUGGGAUCGCUUUAUCACAUGCUUCAUGGAGUUGCUAGCAGCAUUGCGCUUGGAGCUUGCCCAGGCUUUCUCCCAACAGAUGGGGAGUGACCAACUAUUGGAGUGCCUUCCCACUCAACCAAGAGACUGCCUUUUCAACAAAGUAAAAGGCUGUGAUGCCCGUUGUCCGGUGUGCGGUGCACCUUGUGAAGUACAACAAACUGGACAUCAGUUUCACGAGGCCUCGCUCCACAGGCCCAAAUACAUGUUUGGGCCCACGUCUCUGACUACGCCUGAGAGGACAAACCUUGAUGAGCUGGACCAGGCAGAGGUCCUUUUGGCUUGCUGGGAACUCCAGCACCCCUACCCAGACUGGAAUCAUCCAACCAAAGAGCCAAUCUGCCAGACACCCUGUCCUUACUGGAGGUAUGUGUUAGCAAGAUUUAAUGAGAGGUUUGCAGACAAAUACAGCCAGAAGCCAUCGGUGAUCCCAGAAGAGUGGAAGACAAUGACACAAAAGGAGGCCUUGGACAGUCUGAAGGACAACUUCCUUCUCAGCAAACAGGACUGAAAGCGAUCUCAAUGUAACACAUCCACUGCAUUCUGUACUGCUAUUGUAGCUGCUGGCAUUUGAAAUGUAUUCUUUUUCCUAAUUUUUAUGUGUUCUAGACAAACGGACCAAAGUUUGCUUAUCAUUGGACAGCGCCGUGAGUGGGUGGUGGUGGUAGUGAGAAGGAAAAUCUAUUAAAUCAACCCGCAAGACAACAUCUUUUCCUCAAGUCCUUCCAAAAAAACUUUUAUGCAUCACCUACACACAAAAAAAAAAGAUGUCUGAAUGUUUUUUGUUCUUCUUCAUUUUAAUGACUUAAGUUAUUAAAAAGUGCUGUCCUGAAGCCCCAGUGCUGAUAAUCAAGUUUGAUUUCAGAUAGACACACAGAGCAAAGGCUGUAAAGCUGUAACAUACAUGGCGUGCAUAGUAAGGGACUGAUUCUCCAGAUUGCAUCAACUGUAAAUUCUAUUUAAGCGCCUGGACAUGCGCGCUUUUCAUUUCUCUGAAUUCUGACACUUCCAUUGCACCUAAACUGUGAAUGAGAAGAGGUGUGAGUCAUUGACAAUUGAGGCUGUCUGUAAAUCAGUCACUGACUUCUCCAGAGACAUGAAUGUCAUUGCAAUCUGUGACCCAAAUAGGGGAGAAUGGGCUAGGUUGAGCCACUUGUCUUUUUCAACCUGAACUGGUUGCCUGCGAAUUGCAAGGCACACUUCAACAACCAGUCACACCAAAGGACAAUUUAGAGUGUUCAGUUACCCUCCCAUGCACAUUUGCGGAAUGUGGGAGGAAACCGGAACACCCGGAAAAAACCCACGCAGGCACGGGAAUAAUAUUAAAACCCUCCACCUCUGCACCGUGAGGCACACGUGCUCACCAGUCGACUACCGUGCUGCCUCCAGUGACGUAAUCUACCGGUGAGAAAAAGUGUGCUUAUGAUUGAAUAUAUGUAUGGAGGUGGGCCUACCGUACUUUCGAUUAUUGAAGUAGGUAAGCUUCAACUCUCACGAAUGACUAUGCCCAUGUACACAACUAGACUAGACUGAAUUAAACAGAUUAAAAACUUGGUAAUUCAUUUGAUUGAUGUAUGAAAACAUGCGCAUUUUUCCAAGGAAUAUGACGGUGAUGACAUCUAAAACGAUGACGAAUUUCAAGGAUGGAGAGAUGGAGGUGCUAGUGACGCAAAUUCAGUUUUGCUUCACUCUCUGCAAAAUGCUCUCCCCUCAGAAUUAUGAGACAUCUCAAUCAAUAUGCACUGCUUGGUCAUUUGGCCCCUCAUGUGCCUAUGAGCAUCCUUGGUCGCACCUGGAUGGCACUUACUAUUGAGCGCUCUAUCUGCACCGAAUUGAUUCCCACAUUCAGACCAGGGUGUAUAAUCGCCGCAAAGGAGAACAGUUGAGACUUUGAGCGAUAGACCCUGUAAUAGUUCAGGCAAAGAGACCCCUGACAGCAAAAAGGGCAAAUAAAUUGAAAAGAAAUGAUGUGAAGAGAAGAGACUAAUCUUUUUUCAAGGGGUUGUUGAAACUGGACACACUUUCAGAAUGUUAGGGUUCAGACUUGGAGUCAGAUCAAAUAAGAAUGUUUUAUUGUAAAUAUUAAUGAAAGGAAUUGCUGUUCCAUUUGAGCUCCCGCAGGUGUCAUGUUUUCAUUAGGUAGCCUUUUUGCUGUCUGCGCGGGCACUGCAAACAACUCUGAACAAGGGUGCUAUCAUAGCCUGCUGGUAACAUGAUAGGUGUGCUGUCUGGUCCGCCAAUAUUAUGGACCAAUUACAUUCGGUAAUAAGAGUGCUGCCAUGACAAUGCCAAAGAAGCCUUUUGUUCCUGAUAUUACAAAGCAGCGUGCUAUACACA